AUGUAUUAUAAUGGUUCCAGUGGGAACCUGCCAAAGCGAGCUCUUACACAGCAUGAUCCUACCCCCCGCUCUGGACGUUCACCAAUGCGUACGGGUAACUCACUCCUGGAUCCAUACUCUCAACAAGCCCAGUACUCGCCGUCUACCACCCCUUACCUCUACGCCUCAUCGUCUGAUGCUCAGAGGCCUAACACUUCAUCUGCCUAUCAUUCCCAUGCCCGCGGCACCUCUCAAACCAAGGUUGAACCCUCAACGCCACCACUAUCAUCCCCGUACACUCCGCAGAGUGCUGCGCAG